UAACGGUGGCGAGCGAAGCGGAGCGAGGGCACAUUUCGGGUACCCUGUUCGGCCGUGACUCCUCCCCCUGGUGACGUGGCUCCGCCUACUGGCGACGUCACAUGUCCCCUACCCAACUUGGAUUUAGAACCAACCGUUUUUUUUGUGUGGGCAGAGCGGGCGCGCCAUCCCGAUUGCAGGGAGGCUCAGUGACAAUCAGGGUUCUAUUUCCUGCGGCUGUGCAGGUUAGGGGUUUUACGGCUUUGAGGGUACGCGUUUUAACUCCUCAGUGGCUGGCGGUUAGACAUGGAGUCAGGUGGAGAUCGUGCACCCGGGGUUCCUGCCCUUGUUACCGAAUCCGCUUUCUCACAGAGAUACAGAAUCCUGUGCUUUCCAAAAGGGCUAGAGUUCAGUCUCCAGCCCAGAAAUUACGUGUGGACCUAUAUGAGCUUUUGGAACGCUAUGGAGUAUUUUGGGGACGGGAUUUGGAACGUGACCUUCCUCACUCCUGGCAGCAACAUGGCGAUCUAGUUGUCCUGAGUGAAGACUGUUUUUGUGACCCUGUAUGGAAACAGCUAGGUGCUGAACUUUGGUCCAGUGUAGCAUGCUCUCUUGGGGCUAAACGUCUAGCAAAGCAAGGUCGUGUGCUGCAUGAUGGCGUGAGAUCUCCGAAUGUGACCAUGUUACUUGGAGAUACAGGAUGGGUGGAACAUGUGGACAAUGGCAUCAGAUACACAUUUGAUGUCACCAAGUGCAUGUUCUCAGCCGGAAACAUUGUAGAAAAACAGAGGCUGGCGGCUCUUUGCUGUUCCCAGGAGAUAGUGGUGGACCUUUAUGCAGGUAUUGGAUAUUUCACUCUGCCUUUCCUGGUGCACGCGGGGGCUGCCUUUGUUCAUGCCUGCGAGUGGAAUUCUCAUGCUGUGACCGCAUUAAAGAAAAACCUCGAGCUUAAUAAGGUGUCUCACAAAUGCCAAAUCCAUGAGGGUGAUAACAGACAGUUAUUGCUGCAUAAUUUAGCUGAUCGUGUGAAUUUGGGCCUUAUCCCCACAUCCGAGCCAAGUUACCACAUAGCUUGUAAAGUACUGAAGAAAAACUAUGGAGGAGUACUGCACAUACACCACAAUGUGGACUGCUUCCCUGAGGAACACCGAGCAUUAGCUAACAAGGAGGUGGACGAUGAUCCUGGGAGUUGGAGGAGGGCGAUUUGGAGGAAGUGGGCAGAGUCUGUAGAGAUUAAAAUCCAGUUUCUGCUAGAGCAGGUCCAUGGUACACCAUGGCAGACCAAUAUUGUGCGGGUGGAGAAGGUGAAAUCAUAUGCACCACAUGUGGACCAUGUAGUCUUGGACCUUGACUGCCGACCUCUACAGGUGUCAUGAAUGGAGACUUUUUUUUUUUUUUAUCUUUUUCUUUUUGUAACCACUUUCUACUCUGUACUACUGAACAGUAAUAAAAUAUAGUGUACUGAUUUAAAGAUCCACUAAAGCUAAAAUAGGGUUUGUUUGUUUGUUUGUUUGUUUGUAUGUAUGUAUGUAUGUAUGCAUGUAUGUAAGAGCUGCUAAUGACAUUCGCAUAUAUAGAGAGAGAUUAAUGGAUUUAAAGGUUUUUAAGACUCCCAGUCAGUAAACCUUAAAAUAUGGACGUUGUGUGAAAUAUUUGUCAGAAAUCGUAAGAUAUAUUUGAACUUUGACAUGUAGUGGUUCUCUUAUAUAAGACAAUGGCCCUCAUUCCGAGUUGAUCGGUCGCAAGGCGAUUUUAGCAGAGUUACACACGCUAAGCCGCCGCCUACUGGGA